GUUCCUUAAUUGCUACAUUCACUUGAUCUCUCGUUGUGUUUACCUAAAAUGAGAUUCAGAAUUCCAUUCAAUUUGCAAAUUCGUAGGUAUUUUUGUUUUGGAUUUUAGACUUCAGUUUAUUAAAGAUGAAGCUUUUGCUAGCUUAUUACUCCGUGCAGCUGUUUGUUGGAUCUGGAAUUACCUAAGACUAAGAUGACGUGCGCAUUUAACAUUAAUUUUAGUGUGGUGCAAAUUUUCCGGUUGAUUUGAGCGACAUACUCGUAAUCACCACGCUGAAGAGUUUAAUUGCUGAAUCUGAUGUUAAAAGAAAUUUUUCUUGCUCAUCUUUUGGUUGAGAAGCACAAACGUAGAAUCUGUGAGUUGUGAUCUGGCUGCCCUCUCAUUGUAAAAACUCUAAAAUUUGUAAUUUAGUGGUAGCUAUGGGAAGUGAACUCUUGGAGCAAUUGCCCCUGAUUCCCGGGCUUCCCAAUGACAUUGCUCUUUUCUGCUUGGCAAGGGUGCCAAGGAAGUAUCAUGGAGUUCUCAAAUGCGUGUCAAAGAAAUGGAGAGACCUCAUGUGUGGUGAGGAGUGGUACUCUUACCGAAAAAAGAAUUCUCUGGAGGAGGCUUGGAUAUAUGCCCUCUGCAGAGACAAGUCUGAACAGCUCUGUUGUUAUAUGUUGGACCCCAAUUAUUUAAAAAGGGGGUGGAAGUGUAUUCAAGGACUUCCACCUCGCUGCUUGAAGAGAAAAGGCAUGGGCUUUGAAGUGCUGGGGAAGAAACUAUACAUGUUAGGUGGCUGUGGCUGGAUUGAAGAUGCUACUGAUGAAGUAUAUGUUUAUGAUGCUGCUUUAAAUAUUUGGAAUGAAGCAGCUCCCUUGUCAGCUGCAAGGUGCUACUUUGCUUGUGAAAUCUUGGAUGGAAAACUCUAUGCAAUAGGUGGACUAGGAUUGCAAUCAAGUAACCAACAUUCCUGGGACACUUAUGACCCCCAAACUAGUUGCUGGAGCUCUCAUGUUCACCCCAGCAUUCUUCCUGAUAUUGAAGAUUCAUUUGUUUUGGAUGGGAAAAUUUACCUUCGCUCUGGUUAUCAAGCCGCAUCUUCUCUUGUGUCUGCUGUCGUCUUUGAACCAUCAACCGGAGAGUGGCAACAAGCAGAUUCUGACUUGGUGUUGGGUUGGCGGGGCCCAGCAGUUGUUAUAGAUGAAACUCUUUUUGUGUUGGACCAGACUUCAGGAACCAGACUGAUGGUGUGGCAGAAGGAUAGCAGGGAAUGGGUUGCGAUGGGGAGAUUGUCACCUCUAUUGACAAAGCCUCCAUGUAGGGUUGCAGCAAUCGGAAAAAAGAUCUUUAUUAUUGGAAAGGGGCUUAGCACAGUGGUAUUUGAUGUUGAAAAUGCAUGGAACAUGGAUGGUGUAUUGGUGAGUAGUUCUGUUCCAAAAACUACUUCUGAUGAUGAAAUAUUAGAUUGUAAAGCUAUUGCUAUAUAAUUCAUCUCUGCACAGAUUGCAUUCUGUGAGAUAUUGCAUGAAGAAGGUGUACUUAAGAUGCUUGUAAUAUCAUGUUUUGAAUUCUGUAUUUAUGAGCUGAGAAUAACAUACUGGCUGAAGUCUUAGAUGACAACAAAUUCUUACAAA